GCAGUGCAGACCACGCCACUACCAGAGGAAAAGAACAGGAAACACCAACGAAGAAGUCCUCCAAAGGAAAUGUGAUUUUUUUUUCUCACCGGUACCACGUGUUUAAUGCUUUAUUAUUUCUUUGUCAUUCAUUCGUGACGCGAAAAAUGAUUUAAUGUAUUGGCUAGAGGCUGCUGCUAGCGUUAAGCUAAGCGCUGGUGUUUGCAGACAACAACAUCCGACCUAACGGGAAACUAAAGUCUGUGGAUGAAAAGUGCUGUCGACACAAACAUGAUUAAGGAAAACCGCUGGAAUAUUCCCCCAAAUGCUCCGGCGUGUAUGGAGAAGCAUCUGUGCGCGGCUCAGUACCGAGCAGACGGCACGCUGCUCCUGGGCGCCUCCAGCCUCUCGGGCAGGAACUGGCAGGGAUCUGUGUGGAUCUACAGUGAGCCGGAGCAGGCCCCCAGCGAGGGCUUCUGCAGGGCGGGAGUGCAGACAGAGGCAGGAAUCACGGAUGUCAAGUGGGUGACCGAGAAGGCUGUUGUUGCUGCUUCAGAUUCAGGUGCUCUGGAGCUUUGGGAGCUGGCGGAGGAUGAGCGGCUGCUGGUCAAUCGCUUCACCAAACACGAGCACGACCACAUCGUGACGACCGUGAGCCCCACCGGAGCAACCGGCGCCGUCACCGGCAGCAUGGACUGCAGGAUCAAAGUGUGGGAUCUCAGUCAGGAAGCAGCUGUGACCACCUACAACAUUCACACUCAGCCGGUCAGCUGUGUGACCUGCAGCCCCGCAGACCCGUCUCUCUUCAUCUCCUGUGGCCAAGACGGCCGUGUGCUGAUUUGGGACAUGAGGAAACCAAAUAAACCAGCCUCUAGGAUAGAUAUCAAACCUGCCAGCUGCUCCCCCACCGUCGUGGCCUGGCACCCCCACCACAGAAGCACCAUAGCUGUCGGUGAUGAAGUCGGCAGUGUCCACGUGAAGGACUUCCUGGGUACUGACGCUGCUCGGGUGGAGCAGGUUCACUGUCGCAGGGUGAACGGGCUCGCCUUCUCCACCCACAGCGACUCGUUUCUGGCCUCCAUCAGUGAUGACGGUUCUCUCGCCGUUCUCAACUCUGACCUCCAAGAAAUCCUCCGAGAUCGGAGACACCAGGACUUCGUCAAAGGAGUGUGCUGGCGCCAUGGCGACUCCGGCAGCCUCACCACGGUGGGCUGGGAUCAUCUGGUCCUUCACCACUCGGUGGAUGCAGCAGCUGGACCUCCUAACCCCUAACGGGACGUUUGAACUCUGUAGGAGUUUGUGUGGAUUUUCAAAGUAAACCUCAUUUCUGUAUCUUUUCAGUCAAACUUUUUUUUGUAACAAAGCACAGGAAGACAUUUCUCCACCACUUUGACUCUAGAUGGCAGCAAGACACCUUCAAAUGUUUUUGUUUUUUUUCUGUUAAACUCAUGUCCCACGACUGAACAGCCUAAGAUGAGGGUGAAUUCGUUUUUAGUGUGGAAGGAGUUCUGCCGUAUCCACCCUAAACCCCAAAGGAGCGUGAUCACAUGAUAGACUGGUUUUGUUAGACAGAUGUUCACACUUUUAGAGAAACAUGCAGUCACCGUUUCUCCUGUAACACUUUUGUUUUUAUUUACCUCUUUGUAUUACAUCCUUUCACAAUAAAGCUGUUUCAUUCUGAAAGACGA